AUGUCAAACCCGUCCAUCGAGGAUUAUACCAUCGGCUGGAUUUGUGCCUUGCAGGAAGAAUAUGAUGCUGCGGCUCGAAUGCUUGAUGCCGAAUUCGACGGCCCAGAUACGGCUGACGUCAACGACAACAGCAGCUACGUGUAUGGUUGUAUCAGUGGGCAUAAUGUAGUCUUGGGAUGCCUGCCGGGCGGCCAGUAUGGCACCAACUCGGCCGCCAGUGUGGCUAGAGAUAUGGUCCGCUCCUUCCCCAAGUUGAGGUUCGCGUUGAUGGUUGGCAUAGGAGGGGGCGCCCCUACCGCGGGAAAGGACAUUCGACUGGGCGAUGUUGUGGUUAGUCAGCCGCAGGGCAAAUUGGGGGGUGUUGUGCAAUAUGAUCUCGGGAAGCGCCUGCCGGGCGGGCGAUUCGAACAGAGCGGGCAGCUUAAUGGUCCUCCGCAGGUGGUGCUUGGGGUUCUCCCAGAGAUGCGACGGCUUCACAACGAUUCGAGGAAGCCUGACAGAAUUGCCGAACAUGUCAAGCUGAUGGACGAGGAGCCCGACUACCAACGCCCGGAUGACGAUCGAUUAUACCGUGCCGACUACCCUCACCAGGGUGGAGAGGACUGUUCGAAGUGUGAGACGUGUGAGGUGGUGCAACGACCACCACGCUCGAGCAACCGCGUCGUCACCGUUCACUAUGGCACUAUUGCGUCCGCCAACUCGGUCAUGAAGAAUGCCAAAGACAGGGACGAAUACGCCCAGGAUCCAGCCCUGAAUGUCCUGUGCUUUGAGAUGGAGGCUGCUGGUUUGAUGAACAGCUUUCCCUGCCUAGUGAUUCGAGGAAUUUGCGAUUACUCGGAUUCCCACAAAAAUGAUCAAUGGCACAACUACGCAGCCCUCGCAGCGGCGGCAUAUGCACGAGAGCUUCUCUAUAUCCUUAAACCACAAAAGGUCCAUGGAGCCCCAUCAUGGGCCGGCAAGAUGGAGGAACGUGUUGAUGACCUCAUAUGUCAGAAUCGUGAUCAGGCAGAUGAAACGAUUCUCAACUGCAUCACAAAAAUCGACCACGGCAGUUACCACAGCGACAUUGCAAACAAGCGGCAACCAGGAACGGGCCAAUGGAUUUUGGAGUCUGGGAAAUUCCAGACGUGGCUGAAAACCAGUAAGCAGACGCUUUUUUGUACGGGAGCCCCCGGGGCAGGAAAGACAAUCCUCACAUCCGUUGUGGUCGAGCAUCUCACUACUCGCUCCCAGAAUGACAGGAAUAUUGGCGUUGCCUACCUCUACUGCAACUACAAUCGACAAAAUGAACAGCAACUGAACUGCCUCCUUGAAUGCUUAUUAAAGCAGCUGGCGGAACGCCGAGGCUCUGUACCGGAAUGCGUCAAGUCUCUCUACAACUGCCUGAGGGCCGAGCAUAUGCGGCCGUCUGUUGGCCAACUUUCAAGUGCUCUCGAUGCGGUGGUCUCUUUGUAUUCGAAAGUCUUCAUCGUCAUUGACGCACUUGAUGAAUGCAGAGACACUGAUGGCUCCCGUGCAGAGCUGCUAGUGGAAACUGUCCGCGCCCUCCAGAAACCGUAUGGAGUAAACAUCUUUGAGACCUUGGCUUUAGAAACAUCAAGUAAUUCUAACAAAUACCUAAAGCGAAAGAAGAGAGGAAACAACGAUACAAGCGCUCGAGGUAAUUCUACCGGAAUACCAAAAGCUAAAGAAGAGAAGAAAGGAGAAAAGAGCUGGAGGAGCUCGCUGCUACUAAUCUCGCUUGUUGGCCAUUGGCAGCUUGUCGAUGGAGGCAGGAGCGCAGCCGAGCCAUUUUCGGGCCUACAUAUAGCCCGUUACACGGCGCGGAUCAAUCCCCGAGUCCCCAAGAUUCUGGUUAAUCCACGGGAUAAAGCUGCUAACCCUAGUAUAAAAGCCGCGGCCAUAUUGAGCACCAUGAGGAACAGACGACGUGACACCGAUUAA